UGCUGACAACAAAGACUGGACUGAAAGAGAGGGAAGUCGACCCUCUGCCAGCCCAUCCUCUGGAGCCACGCCCCCUGCAGAACUUGCGCGUCUGCGCGUGCGCCACCCGCCUGGCAACCUUCUUGACCGCAGGCUCCCUCCCGCAUUGGAGGCAAGUUUCUCUCUCAGAGCUCUCAAAGUCUGACCCUGCCGGGAGAGGUCACCUGGGAGUGGGAGGGUCUAAAAGAGAGGUGCUGCGUGCUCCGGCCUCCCGUGGGCUCUCGGGAGCCACAAUUCCCACUGUCUCCGAGAGCCCUGGCCGGCUGCUCCUGCCUGAGUGUAAGCGGCCGCUGGGGUGCUUGGGUCCCCAGGCGCGGGCGGGUUCGCGCGCUCUGCCAGGCGCUGUGCUCACUGUUCGGAAGCCUCCUCAGUAAUAUCCCUGCCGACCAGGCCACGGUGACUCCGGCUCUGGCUGCCUCCUGGCCUCACCAGCCUGGCAUUUAGUGUCUCGGAUCUUCAAGGCUUUUUAUGUCUUCAUGAGGCAAAAUCAGAAGAAGAAAAUAUGGUGACUGAGUGGCUGACAAAUCAUUCUCAGGACUUAGUGUCCUUUGAGGAUAUGAACUUGACCCAGGAGGAAUGGACUUUGCUGGACCAGACUCAGAGAAACUUAUACAGAGAUGCGAUGCUGGAGAACUACAAGAAUCUAAUUCCAUUUGGUAAGCUCUGUUUGCUUAGGACCAUGUCCAGCUAGGGCAGAAAUAUCCAAGAGAAAGAAUGGCUGCAGGAUUGCUGCCAGCUUGGUCACAGAUGAAGUAUGAAUUCUGGAUUCCAUACUCUGCUGAGUCUAUGGGAAAAAUUCCACUAGGAAAACAACCAUUAUUAAUUUCUCAGAAUUCAGUGACCUUCCAGGAAGUGGCAGUGGACUUCUCUCAGGAAGAGUGGGCAUUGCUGGACCCUGCUCAAAAAAUUUUAUACAGAGAUGUGAUGCUGGAGAACUUUAGGAACCUGGCCUCAGUGGGGUAUCACCUCUGCAAACACAGUCUCAUCUCCAAGGUAGAACAAGAAGAGCUGAGGACAGAGGAGAAAGGAAUAUUCCAAAGCACCUUUGAAGACUGGGAAACUCAACUAAAAGAUUCAAUUCCUGUGCAGAAUGUUCCUGGGAAUACAACAUCCAAUGGCAUAAAAAUGGUACCAACCCAACCUGGCAAGAAACCUAUAGAAAGAUUCUUCAGAAAGAACCCUUACCUUAUUUGUAUCAGUCAUUGCAAGGAAGAGAAAUGCUAUAAAUAUAAAGAAUACGGCAAAGGCUUCAAACAUCCCUCAACUACUAAAAGUCAUGUGAGUAUGCACACUGCAGAGAAAAUUUUAGAAUGUAAGGAUUGUGGGAAAGUUUUCAAUCAGGAGUCAUGCCUUAGAAAACACUUAAGAACUCUCACAGGAGAGAAGGCUUACAGGUGUAAUCAGUGUGGUGUAUCCUUCAGCCUUCACUUUUCCUUCUCAGGAUGUGAGCAAAUACAUACUGGAGAGAAAUUCUAUGAACGCACUGACUGUAGAACAAAGUCUUCCCUUAGUGUUCAUAAAAAAAUACAAACUGUGGAGGAGAGCUUGGAAUGUAACAAAUAUGGGAGAGCUUUCACUGACCCUUUGUCCCUUCAGAAAUGUGUCAGAACUCACACUAAAGAGAAACUCUAUGAGUGCAGUGACUGUGGAAAAGCCUUCAUUUUUCAGUCCUCCCUGAAGAAACAUAUGAGAUCCCACACUGGAGAGAAACCUUACGAGUGUAAUCAUUGUGGAAAAUCCUUCAGCCAGAGCUCUCAUCUCAAUGUGCACAAAAGAACUCACACUGGAGAGAAACCCUAUGAUUGUAAGGAGUGUGGGAAGGCCUUCACUGUUCCUUCAUCCCUUCAGAAACAUGUGAGAACCCACACUGGAGAGAAACCUUAUGAAUGCACUGACUGUGGAAAAGCCUUCAUUGAUCAGUCAUCUCUUAAGAAACACACACGGUCUCACACUGGAGAAAAACCAUAUGAGUGUAAUCAGUGUGGAAAAUCCUUCAGCACAGGCUCUUAUCUUAUUGUGCACAGAAGAACUCACACUGGAGAAAAAACCUAUGAGUGUAAAGAAUGCGGGAAGGCCUUUAGGAAUUCCUCUUGCCUGAGGGUACAUGUGAGAACACACACUGGAGAGAAGCCCUAUAAAUGCAUGCAGUGUGGGAAAGCCUUCAGCACAAGCACUAACCUUAUAAUGCACAAGCGAAUACAUACAGGACAGAAAGUCUGUGAAUGAAAUGACUUUUGAGGAGGUUAUGUUGUCCUGCAUGUCUCAUUCCUCAUUCUAGAACUCACACUGGAGAGAAAUUGUAUUGUAAACCAUGUGGAAAAAGUAUUGAGGCACAAUUCUUAGUUCUUAUCAGUAAUGACUGUUUCAUACUUAAAGUGCCAUAACUCAUUAAUUUAUAAGCAUUGAAGACAAUAUAUCAGUAAACUGCUUGACUCACACCACAAAAGUUUUGAUAAUGUAAUAUUAUAAGUUAGUACUAAAUAAUGUCUGAUUCCUAUCAAGAUAUUUUAGACCCACAGAUAAGUUAGAAGUGAGUUUAUUAAUAGGCAUAUCUUAUGUAUAUUUUAGUUAACUUUAUUUUAACUCAUUUUGGACAGAAUGCAUAGUCUUAAUGAUAUAGAUAAAUGUAAAAAGUUGGUAGAAACUUGCUGUGUGGUGUACGUAGCUGACAGAACUAGUUACUGUCCCAAUAUUCAUUCUCUGCCCCCUUGUUCCUUAAAAUAAAAAUCUCACAAUUUUGUUUAA